UCUGGACGGGGGGAGAACAGGAAGAGGGAAGGAUGGGAUCGUAAAUAUCUGCCGCUAUUAGAGGAGGGGACUCCCGCCACUCUGCGCUGAACGCUUGUAUGUGUGUGUGUGUGUGUGUGAGAAGCUGAUUGUGGGAGGGUGUGUGUGUGUGUUGGGGGAGGAGGGGAGGCUUCAUCCCUGCAGCCUGCUCUGUGUUUUCACCGGGGGAAAGCAGACAGGCUGAUCUGUGUUGUUUCCUGUAGGAAAGAGAGGGAAAGGGAACAGCUGGGGUUUUUGACCCUGUUUUUCCACAGUGUGUGUCAUCUUCACGCUGCCACACGCAUACUCAAACACACAUGAAGGGCACAGGGAGACAGGAGGAGAGCGCUGUGUAGGAUGGCACACUACAAGGAUGUGUCUGUCAAAAAGACCUCUUCUCUCAACCUGGUGACGGGAUUCUUUCAGUACCUACGUGAUGAGCAAGAGGCAGUGCAGAAGAGAACCUUCACUAAAUGGAUCAAUUCCCACUUGGCGAAGCAUAAGCCGCCCCUAGAGGUCAACGACCUUUUCGAGGACAUCAAAGAUGGGGUGAAGCUCCUGGCUCUGCUGGAGGUGCUGUCGGGCCAGAGGCUACCAAGUGAACAGGGACGCCAGCUGAAGAGGAUCCACUGGGUGUCCAACAUCGGCACAGCUCUCAAGUUCCUUGAAGGCAGGAGGAUCAAACUAGUCAACAUCCACGCCACAGACAUAGCUGAUGGGAGACCAUCCAUCGUUCUUGGCCUGAUAUGGACCAUUAUUCUUUACUUCCAGAUUGAGGAGUUGACCAGUAACUUGCCAGCGCUCCAGGCCCUGACCGGCAGCUCCUCCUCAGUGGACAGCAUGGCCAGCUCUGAGACAGGAAGCCCUCCCAUGAAGAGGAAGGUGGUCACCAAGUUCCAGGGCAACGCCAAGAGAGCCCUGCUCAGAUGGGUCCAGUGCACAGCUGCCAAGCGCCACGGUAUCGAGGUAAAGGACUUUGGUCCCAGCUGGCGCAGCGGGGUGGCUUUCCACUCGGUGGUCCACGCCAUCCGGCCGGACCUGGUGGACAUGGAGGUGGUGCGGAGGAGGAGCAACAGAGACAACCUGGAGCAGGCCUUCUCCCUGGCCGAGAACGAGCUGGGCAUCCCACGCCUGCUCGACCCUGAAGAUGUGGACGUUGAUAAACCCGACGAAAAAUCCAUCAUGACGUACGUUGCUCAGUUCCUCAAGCACUACCCCAACCCUCAUCAGUCAGAGACAGAUGGACAGCAGGACGAGUAUGGUCCGCAAGAUAUAGAGCUGAUGCUUGAGAGGGAGGAGAGGAAAGUGCUGAGGGAGCUGAAGGUCUUCCUGGAUCAGCUGGAGAGAGACGUGCUGCGGGCCCAGGGGGCGGAGGGCAACCUCACGGACAAGUACCAGGCCUUCAAGAGCUUCCGUGUACAGUAUGAGAUCAAGAGGAAGCAGACAGAGCCCCUGCUGGAGCCUGUGCUGAGGGACGCCAAGCUGUCUGUGGACCAGGCCCUGGUCAAGCAGGCCUGGGACCGCCUGUCUGUCAGGCUGCUGGACUGGCACAUUCAUCUGGACAAGUCUCUGCCGGGCCCUCUGGGAGUGAUCGGAGCCUGGCUGCACCGCGCCGAGAUCGCCCUGAGGGAGGAGAUUCCCAUCCAGCAGGCUCACGAGGAGACCGCCAAUGGGAUUCACAGAAAGCUGGAGCAGCAUAAGGAGGUGCUGAAGAACUUGGAGUCUCACAGGCAGACGUUCCUGCAGAUUCACAGAGACAGAUCGGUGAACGGGGUCCCUGUGCCCCCAGAGCAGCUUCAGGACAUGGCUGAACGGUUCAACUACGUGUCCACAUCUUCCCAUGCUCACCUGAUCAAACUGGAAUUCUGGGAGAUGAAGUACAGACUGAUGGCCUUCCUCAUACUGGCCGAGUCCAAACUCAAGUCCUGGAUCAUCAAAUAUGGCCGCCGGGACUCUGUGGAGCUGCUCCUGCAGAGCUACAUCUCGUUCAUCGAAGGCCACAAGUUCUUUGAGCAAUAUGAGACAACAUUCAGAACUCUGAAGAAAGCAGCUGAGGUCUACGUCAAGUCUGACAGUACAGUGGACGAGGGGGAGGGGGUGAGUAAGUUCCUGAGCGAGGCCACGGCCCAGUGGAAGAACCUGUCUGUGGAGGUGCGCAGCGUGAGGAGCAUGCUGGAGGAGGUCAUCUCCAACUGGGACAAGUCCAGCAGCACGGUGGCUGGUCUGCAGGCCUGGCUGGAAGACGCAGAGCAGAUGCUCAAUCAGUCGGAGAGCGCCAAACGGGACUUCUUCCGUAAUCUUCCCCACUGGAUCCAGCAGCACAUGGACAUGAACGACGCGGGGAACUUCCUCAUCGAGACCUGUGAUGAGACGGUCUCUCGAGACCUGAAGCAGCAGCUACUCCUGCUCAACGGGAGGUGGAGAGAGCUCUUCGUCAAAGUCAAACAUUACGCCAGAGCUGAUGAGGUGGAUAAACUGAAGCAGGACUACCAGGAAGGACUCUCCACCCUCAAAACCUUCAUGGAUGCAACCAACGAGAAGAUGAGGGCGCCUGUCCAAGUGUCUUUCCUCAACGUCAGAACCUUUGUUCAAGAUGUUGAGGACAUCAAGCACAAAGUGCCUGCCAUGGAGGCGGCCUGCAAGACUGCCAGCCGCACGGUCCAGCUGCUGAACAAAGACACGGCCCAGGAGGAGGUGUCUCAGAUGCUGGAUGUGAUGGUCUCCAUCAAGGAGCAGCUCAGCAAGAUAAGGGAGAGGUGCCUGCCACUGUUGCGCGAGGCCCAGUCCCUGCUGCCUCCCUUGGAGGAGAUGGAGAAGAACAUCACAGGCUUCUACCAGGCCCUGGAGAAGGCCAGCCGCAUCACCACCGCCAGAGACUCAGAGGCCCCCGGCGACUUCAAGCAGAAAUGCCAGGAGCUGGUGACCUUCACACAGAGCUGCAAGAAGUGCUUAACAGUAAUUGAGAAGAACCACCAGACCAUCCAGAGAACCCUGGAGAACAGUAAGAACCUGGAUAAUAUGGACAUGUCUUUGCUGCAGAAACGAGUAGCGGACCUCCAGGCCUCCUCACAGGCAAUGAUCAAGGAAUCCAGCGAGUGGAGAAAGCACGUGGAGGCCAACAGCAGCAUGAUGAAGAGGUUUGAGGAGUCCCGCGUGGAGCUUGAGAAGGUUCUGAAGACUGCCCAGAGCUGUCUGACAGAGAGAGGGAACCCAGACGACCUUCUCAAGAAACACACAGAGUUCUUUGGUCAGUUGGACCAGAGGAUCCUCAACGCGUUCCUCAAGGCCUGUGAUGAGCUGACGGACAUCUUACCAGAGCAGGAACAGCAGAGUCUUCAGGAGACUGUCAGGAAACUGCAUAAGCACUGGAAGGACGUCCAGACAGAUGCGCCGUAUCACCUCCUUCGUCUGAAGGUGGAGGUGGAGAGGAGCAAGCUGAUGGGGUCCCUGCAGGAGUGCCAGACCGAGGUGGCCAGAGAACAGCGCCACAUGCUGGGCAUGGGCAGCGAGAGGCUCAUCAAAGAACACAAGGGGUUCUUCAGAGAGAAAGGUCCUCAGUCCCUCUGUGAGAAGAGGCUGCAGCUGAUGGAGGAGCUCUGUCAGAAACUUCCGGAAAGCGACCCCACCCACCCAACCCUGCAGGCAGCCAGAAGGGCCUUCUCUGAGCUCAGGGAAGAGAUAGACGGCACCCUGCUGAAAUUGAUGCAGAACCCUGACAAGUGGAAAGAAUUCAACUCCAGGUUCUCCGACCUCUCCUCCUGGCUGACGUCUAAGGAGAGCCUGCUCCGUCUCCUCAGGAGCCGAGCCAGCGACCCUAGCAAGUACGGCCAGGUCAAGUCCACCAUCACGGAGCUGAGGAACGAGGCAGAGCUCCAGGAAGGGAACCUGGGCUGGCUCAGAUCUCGUCUGGCCAUGCUCAUCGAAGUGUGCACGGACAUGGAUGCCCAGAGGCAAGGAAGCGCCCUCGGCAAACUCUCCUCCGACUUCAAAGGCUUCCUGGCCUCUCUCUCUGAGGCUGAGAAGGUGGUGCUGGCGGUGGGGGACUGUGUCCAGUUCAGGGAGGAGGUGCGGGCUACGCUGGAGGAGCUGGUCCAGGGACAGAAGGAGGCCCAGGCUGAGGUCACCAGGAUCCUGGAUGCGGAGACUGGCAGGGCGGCCCAGCAGAUGCUGCUCACCCACCAGCAACUGCUGAAGUGCCUGAAGCUGCGCAGGAGGGAUGUGCAGCAGCAGAUCUCCAGGGGCCAGCAGCUACUGGCGGAGGAGGGCCUGGGAGACACCCUCCAGCAGGACCUGCAGAGUCUGGAGAGCACCCUCAGCAAGAUGGAGCAGAGCAUGGACUCUCAGGAGCAGGGCUUGGAGGUCACACUGGCUGCCUGGCAGGAGUUUGAAAGCCACCAAACAGCAGUUCAGGAGUUCGUCAACAGAGCCCUCUCGGCCAUGGAGAGAGACCUGAACUUUAGCAGCCCCGACAGCCUGGCAGCAGAACUGGACCAGGCAAGGGUCCUUCUAAAGCAGAGUGAAGCAGAGGUGUCUCAAGUCAACACCCUGUUGAGGAGGGCCUCAGAAAUCCAGCUGGGCCCCAACAACAGGACCAGACUCAGGGAACAGGCCCGCUCCCUCAGCGAGCAAGUGGACAAGGUGGAGGCAGGCCUCAAGAGAGAUGUCAAGACUCUGGAGGAGAUGAAAGCUCAGUGGGAUCGGUUUGGCAGUGAGUUUGAGGCCUUCUCUUCCUGGAUCUCUGAGAAGGAGAAAGAGCUGGAAGCGCUGAAGACCAUGACUGCUCCCCUGGAGCAGCAGAUCAACAUUGUGAAGACUGUGGGCUCGGAGCUGGGAGAGCGUGCGGAGGUCCUGUCCCGCCUGGAGGCAGACUCCCAGGCCCUGGCCCAGUUUGUGUCCUCGGGGGAGGCCGCCCGUAUCAGGGCCCGUCUGACCCAGAUCGGCCGGUACUGGGAGGAGCUGAGGGAGAGUGUGGGACAGCUGGACGGACAGCUGCAGGAGAGCUCCUCACACCUGCAGAGGUUCCACAGCAGCCUGGAGGAGGCUCAGACCGGUCUGUGCGAUCUGCAAGAAAAACUGGGUCAGCCUGUCACCACCUGCACCUCCUCGUCAGAUACCUACAAGACGCUUCAGAACCACAUGGAUGGGUCCCAGAGUCUGGAGAGGCUGAAGGCCUCCCUGCUGUCCCUGUCAGCUGUGGCCCGCAGGCUGGGUGACAGGCAGCAGGCAGACAGGGCCGUGGUGGAGCUCCACAACAGCUACGAUGUCAGCCUGAAGCAGGCCAAGGACAAGCAGACCACUCUGGAGAAUCUACUGUCUCUCUGGCAAAAGUACGAGAAGGAUCGCUCCAGCUUCCUGUCCUGCUUGGAGAGGAGUGAGUCAGUCUCUAAAUCCGAAAACCCUUUUCUACCUGCUGAUAAAACCAAGCUGCACAGCGAGCUACAGGACCUGCAGGGCAUCCAGUCUGAGUUGUUGUCCCUGGAGCCCCUCCACGCUGGCCUGGUGUCUCUGGGGGCGUCCCUCUACCCCUCCGCUCCCGACGAGAGAGGGGAGGAGCUCAGACAGGACCUGGAGCAGCUGCAGGCGAGGUGGAGAGCUCAGAAGGAAGUGAUCCCUCGCAGGAUUAGUCGUCUUGAGAGCCACCUCUCCCAGGUGGAGGUGUUGGAUCAGGACCUGGUGUCGUUCUCCCAGUGCAGUGAGAACCUCCUCUCGUCUCUGCACUCUGCCUCCCAGGUCAACACCGCUGCCCUGCAGCCUGCUGUCAACCAAGUGAAGGUGGAGCUGGCGGCGCUGCAGCAGCAGAGCAGUGCGGCCCUGCAGCAGCAGACGGAGGGUCUGUGUGUCUCCUGCGACCCCAGCGACGCCCAGCUCCUCCGGGGCCGGCUGGACACCUCCCUGCAGCCCCACCAGGAGGCCCUGCAGCUGGCCCUGCUGCGCCUCGACUGCCUGGAGAAGCUGGAGGCCUUCCUGCAGACCCGGGGAGCCGCCACAGGGGUCCUGGGGGGCCUGAGGCACACGGUGGAGGGUGCAGGGAGCUGGGACCGUGGCCGGGUGGAGGAACUGCAGAGGGAGCUGGCCGCCGUCAUCCCGGAAAUUAGCAGCCUGGAGACCUUGGCCGUGGGGCUGGACAGCGGCCUGUGUAAGGCCCACCUCCACCUGAGUGCGGAGGAGGGGGCCCGGACGUCGUGUCGAGCGCUGGCCGACUCGGUUGGCGUGGAGCUGGACGCGGUGAGGAGCCUACUGGGGAGCCGGCAGAGCGAGGCGGAGGCCCUGGGGGUGCUGUGGACCUCCUUCAGGCAGCGCAAGGAGCAGCUACUGAAGGCUGUGGAGGACAUCGAGGAGAAGGCCGACCACCAGGGACUCAAGGAGCCCAGCACGGCCGCUCUGCAGCAGAGGCUGCGCUUCUUCAGCCAGCUGGAGGAUGAGCUCCAGUCCCAUCAGCACGAGGAGAGGUGGCUGAGGGACAAGGGCGAGCAGCUGGCCCAGAGAGACGCAGAGCUGGCUGGGGAGGUGCUCCGGGAGAUCAGCCUCCUGCAGACCACCUGGGGGGACACCAAGAGACUCAUCACCGACAGACAGGAGCAGUGUGGCGUGCUGGUGGAGCUGAUGAGAGAGUAUCACAGCCUAAAGACCUCCAUAAACAGUACCCUGGACAGUGCCGAGGCCAUGUCCGAGAUCAGCUCCGUCCUACAGGACCACGAGGAAACCAAGAGAUCUCUCUCCAAGCAUGAAGCAGCAAAGAUGGAGAUGACCGUCCGACAGCGAGAGCUGGACCAGUUCUCCAGUAAAGGCAAACAGCUGCUCAGUGACUUGAAAAAGAUUCCAGACUGUGAAGUCCCGCAGAUGAAGAAGGACAUGGAGAGCCUGGUGGACCACUGGCUCGAUGUAUCUGAGAGGCUUGAUGACAACAUAGAGAGUCUGAGCCAGAGCCUGGCCGUGUGGGACGACGUGCGGAAGAUCAGCGAGGAGAUCGAUGUCUGGACCAACAGCUCAGUGUUGGAGCUGAGUGAGAGCCUCAACAACUUGAACGACAGCCAGAAGAUGUCCGCCAGGCUGGCAGCACUACAGGUGGAGACUGGAGAGAAGCAGCAACAGAUGCAGGACCUUCAGGGGAAGGUGUCAGACCUGCAGCGUCUGGGUGGUACUCAGGAAGUCCCUGUCAAGCUCCAGGUUCUGGAGGCGGACCUGAGGAAGAAGAUCAGCCAUGUGCAGAAGCUGCAUGAGCAGGCCGGGGGAAACCUUAGGGACUUCAGCUCCCAGAGGAAGCAGCUGGAGGACUUCAUUUCCCAGAUGUCCUCUUGGCUGAAGAGCAUGGAGGAGUCCCUGGUGUCCUCGCCGGGCAGAACAGACCCAGAGGACAUCUGCAGAGUGAGGGACCUCCAGAAGGAGCUGCAGAACCAGCAGGGCUCCAUCGACUCCACCCGGGAGAGCCUCAACACCCUCUGCAGGAAGUACCCGUCUGAAGAGCUAGCUGGGCUGGGCUCCGCCCUCACCGACCUCAUCAAGAGCUACGAGGCGGUGAACCAGCUGUCUGCCAGGACCCUGGGCUCCCUACAACACGUCCUGCAGCACCACUUCAACGAACUGGUGCAGGAGUUCCACCGCUGGCUGUCCGAGCAGAGAGAGAUAGUGAAGGAGUGCUCCGACCGCUCAGGAGACAUCCACACUGUGGAGCGCAAGCUGCAGAAGCUAAAGGGGGCACUGGAGCGCGUGGAGGAGGGCGAGGUUCGCCUCACUCAGGUGUGUGAGGAAGGAGAGAAGCUCCUGCUCCACCUCCCCAAAGCCAGUGCGGCCCAGGUCCAGCUGCAUCUCUCCUCCAUCCAGCAGGACUGGGACGGCUUUGUGGAGCAGUGCCGCCUCAAUCAGCAGAUUCUGGAGGAGAGCGCCACCCAGAUUAACGGGUUUGAGAGCCGUCUGAAGAGGUUAAAGUGGUGGCUGGGGCGGACGGAGCAGCGGUUGACCGCAGAGCUGCCGGAGGGGAAGCACAGCGGGCCGGAGAGAGCCAGACUGGAGAGGGUGGACGAGGACCUGCAGGAGGUGCUCAGAGAGAGGGACUGCUUCGAGCGCCUGUGCCAGGAGGCGCAGCUCCUGAACGAGGGUGGGCGCGGCGACGGCAGCGAGAUGCGGGUGGCGGCCCAGCUGCAGUCCCAACACCAGGACUUGCUGCGGCGCGUCCGGGAAAGGCUACGUGGCGCCCAGCUCACCCUGCAGGAGCAGCAGGCCUUCCAGGAGACCCUGCUGGCCACCUGGGCCUGGCUCAAUGCCGCCAAGGACAGGCUGGCCUCGCUUAACAGCACGCUGGGGAACAAGGAGACGUUGGAGAAAAGGCUGGGCCUGGUGCAGGACAUCCUGCUGAUGAAGGGCGAGGGCGAGGUGAAGCUGAACAUGACCGUGGGGAAGGGCGAGCAGGUGCUGAAGCACCACAGCGAGGAGCGCCAGCAGGCCAUUCGCUCCCAGCUGCAGAGCCUGAAAGAUGCCUGGGCCAACAUGCUCAUGACCUCCAUGAGCUGUCAUAGCCGUCUGGAGUGGACGGUGACCCAGUGGAGCAGCUUCCUGGACAGCAGAAACCAGCUGCAGCAGUGGAUGGAGACAGUGGAGCAGGAUGUGGGCGUGGCCCUGGCCCAGCAGCCGGGGCUGAAGGAGAAGGCUUGUCUCCUGGAGCGCCUCAGGGCCGUGCUGGCCGAUGUGGACGCCCAUGGCGCCACGCUGGCCAGGUUGAUGGAGAAGGCAGUGGAGCUUCACGAGAAGACCGACGACCCGGUCUUCGGACCGGAGUCGAGGGCGGAGCUGAGCGCGCACUUUGUAGACAUCACAGCCGUCGUCAAGGCUAAGGUCCAGGCCAUGGAGGACAUUGUGUCAGAGCAUGAGGAGUAUCAGGAAGCUGUGAGGGACUUCAAUGAUUGGCUGACCUCCGCAAAGGAGGAGCUUCAGCGCUGGUCUGACCUAUCAGGAGACUCGGCCUCCAUACAGAGGAAGCUCUCCAAAGUCCGGGAGCUGAUUGAGUCUCGCGAGUGCGGCCGAGAAAGGCUGAGCCGGGUGCAGCGGGCCGGAGCGGCAGCCAGGGACCACACAGGCGCCGGGGGCUUCGAGGCCGUGGAGCGGGAGGAGUCAGCGCUACUGUCGUCCUGGGAGCAGUGGGAGCGCGGGGCGCUGCAGACGCGAGGCGCCCUGGAGACAGCACUCUCUCAGAUCGCCACCUCGGAGCAGGAAUUCAGCAGCCUGACUGCCCGGCUGGAGAAGGACCUGGGGGAGUUUGGCGGCCAGCUGAAGCAGCACCGCCUCAGGCUGGCCCAGGCCGAGGUGAAGAGCAGCCCGGAGGAGGCCGUGGAGGGUUGGCAGAUUGCUAAGGACACUCUGGACGGGCUGGUGAAAGCAGAGCCCAUGUCAGACAGCCUGAAGACCCAGCUGAACGACCUGUGCCGGUUCUCCAGAGACCUGGGCACUCAGUCAGAGAGGGUGUCCUCCCUCAUCAAGGAAUACAACAGUCUGAGCCUCCAGGCCUCCAGGCAGUGCCAGAGCAAAGAGAAGGUUCUAGACCAGAGGUUCCGCUCCGCCUACCGAGACUUUCAGCAGUGGCUGGUCAACGCCAAGAUUAACACGGCCAAGUCCUUUGACGUGCCACAGAACCUGAGCGAGGCCUCCUCCAGCCUGCAGAAGAUCCAGGAGUUUGUGAGUGACAGGGAGCAGGGCCAGUCUAAACUCAACUCGGUGGUGGUCAGCGGUGAGCUGGUCAACAGUGUUGCAGUGAAAGACAGGGUGGAGGCUGUUCUCUCUAAAAUAAGCAGUGCCAGAGAGGACUGGAAGACUCUCAUGUCUAACCUUCACCAAAGAGAGACAGCUUUGCAGAACCUUCAGUCUCAGAUGAAGGACUUUGAGGCGAGCGCCGAGCCUCUCCAGGAUUGGCUGAACGACACGGAGGCCAGCGUGCAGGAGAGCAGCGCCCGUCUCCAUGACCUCACCGCCAAGAAGCAGGAGCUUUGCAAGCUGCAGUCUGCGCUAGAGGAGUUAGCCUCUCAGGAGGUUCAGCUGAGCAGGCUGAGAGAGAAGGCUCAGCGCCUGUGGGACGAGCACGCCGCCGGGAAAGGCUUUGUGCACCGUGUCUCCCAGCUGUCUGCUCAGUACCUAGCUUUAACCAACCUGACCAAGGAGAAGGCCUCCCGCAUCGACCGCAUCGUCACUGAGCACCAGCUCUUCUCCCAGGGGCUGAAGGAGCUGCAGAACUGGGUGGCAGAUACAAGUCACAUGCUGCAGACCUACUGCACCCCCACCGCUGACAAGAAUGUUCUGGACAGCAGGAUGAUCAAGCUGGAGGCCUUGUUGACAGCACGCCAGGAGAAGGAGAUUCAGCUGAAAAUGCUGGCCACCAGGGGGGAGUCUGUGCAGAGGAACACCUCAGCUGAGGGGGUCCCUGUGGUCCGGAAACACAUCCAGGACCUGAAGGACUCAUGGGAUGGCCUGCUGUCUGCCUCCAUCCAGUGCAAGAGCCAGCUGGAGGGUGCCCUCUCCCAAUGGACCAGCUACCAGGAGGACGUGCGCCAGUUCGUGACCUGGGUGGAGCGGGUGGAGGAGAGUCUCAACCCGACAGACAAACAGUGUCCAGAGAUGAGGGACAAAACUGCCAACCUGGGCAAAGCCAAGCUGCUGCACGAGGAGGUGUUGAGCCACAGCAGCCUGCUGGAUACCAUCACGGCUAAGAGUGCCAGCAUGGCGGAGCACUACGUGGCCCAGCUGGAGCUGCAGGACCUGCAGGAGCGCUACAACACCGUCAGACGCAGAGCCAAGAGUGCGGUGGGAAAGGCAGAGCAGCUGGUUCAGGCUCACCAGGAGUACCAGAGGGGGCUGCAAGCAUUUGAGCAGUGGCUGGAGCAGGAGCAGGAGAAGCUGGGCUGCUACACCCAGCUGGAGGGGGAGUUGGAGACUCUGGAGGAGACUCUUCAGAAGCUACAGGAGUUGCAGAGACACUGCACAGAGGGCCAGGCCCUACUCAACAGCCUGGUGGUGAGCCGAGACCACGUUGUCCUCUGGGGGGCCCCCCAGAUCGAGGACCGGGCCCUGGAGACCCUGCAGCAGGACUGGAGGAUGUACCAGGGCCGCCUGGGAGACACCAGGGCCCAGCUCAACAGCGCCCUGGCCAAGCUCAGGCAGAUGGAGCAGAAGUUCCAGCGCCUAGACAGCUGGCUCAAGGGCAUGGAGACCAAGGGCCAGCUGCGCAGCCAUCGCAGGUCUGACCGGGAGACCAAAGAGGCUCAGCUGCAGCUGAUUAAGGGCUGGCAGGAGGAGGUGCAGGUGUACCAAGAGGAGAUGGAGGGGCUGGGUGUGCUGGCUCGCCAGGUUCUGGAUGAGACCCACAUGAGCAGCCGCGUCAGCACCCGGGCCACCCAGCUCACCGCCCGCUACCACGCCCUGCUGCUGCACCUCCUGGACACCAUCAAACAGCUGCAGGAGGAGGUGUCCUGCAUAGAGGAGGCCCACAGUGGCUUCAGCACCUUCUCUGACUGGCUGAGCACCGCGCAGAACAGCUUCAAAGCUGUGGCUGUCAGCAUCGAUACGGUGGACCGUGUUGCCAUGGAGAGGAAGAUGAAGAAACUGGAGGCCCUCCAGGCAGACAUGGAGCAGGGCCACAGCUUCCUGAAGACCAUGAGGGAGAAGACAGAACGAGCCCUGGCCUUCCUAGAGGAACCCGAGGCCCAGAAGCUGAAAGAGGAGGUGGACGCGCGCCUCUCCCAGCUGGAGGGUCUGACGGCCGCCCUGCGCACCGAGCACAGCGCUCUGGAGAAAUGCAUCGCUCUCUCCAGAGACUUCCUGGACAAGUACAAGACCCAGGCCCAGUGGCUGGCAGAGACCAAGGCUCUGCUGGGCUGCUCCGUUGAGCCCAAGGCAGAGCUUUACCAGAAGAAAGCUCAGCUAGCCAAAUACAGGACUAUCCAGCAGACUGUGCAGUCUCACGAGUCAGCGGUGAGGUCUGUGGUGGAGAAGGGAGAGGUUCUGCUGGAGACAGUCCACGAUCCUACCAUCAGCGACAACCUCAGCCGGCUGCAGACAGACUAUCAAGACAUCUGCACUGCAGCCAAGGGCCAGGUACAGAGCAUGCAGGAGUGGCUGAAGGAGCACGAGAGCUACAACAGCGAUCUGCAGGAGGUGGAGAAGUGGCUCCUACAGAUGUCCAGCCGCCUGGUCACCUCUGACUCCAUGCAGACCAGCAGUAUGGAGAUGGCCACCCAGCAGCUAGCCAGGCACAAGGCCAUAAUGGAGGAGAUCGCCGGCUUUGAGGAGCGCCUGACAAGUCUGAAAGGCAAAGGUGAAGACCUGGUGGCCAGCGGCUCUGACCAAGUGCAGGCUAAGAUCAGUCAGCAGGUCCAGGCCCACCUGCAGGGCACUAGAGACAGUUACUCUGCCAUCUGCAGCACCGCCCAACGCGUGUACCAGAGCCUGGACAGGGAGCUGCAGAAGCAUGUCAGUCACCAGGACACCCUACAGCAGUGUCAGGUCUGGCUCUCCACGGUGCACGAGGAGCUCCGGUUGCACGACCAGGCCCCCUCCGGCCUGCAGGAGGCGCUCAAGCAGGUGAAGCACUAUCGCGCUCUCCAGGAGCAGGCCAGUACCUACCUGGACCUGGUGUGUACUGUCUGCGAUCUGGCUGAUGAUGCUGUGAGAGUCACCGCCACAGACGUCCAGCAGGUCAAACUCACGAUCGAGGAGAGGAUGUCGAGCUCCCAGGAGCUGUCGGAGGGCUGGAGGGAGAUCAAGGAGCAGAAGCAGGAGCUAACGGCUCUCUUCCAGGAUGUGGAGCAGCAGCUAGUCACACUCUCCAGGCGACCUGCCGAGCUGGAGACCAAGAUAGCCCACAACAUGCUCACUCAGGCCAAGGAGUUCUGCCAGCAGCUGCAGUCCAAGCAAAGCACCCUGACCAGGAUGACAGAGAGCGUGAGCAGGCUGAGCGGGGGUCAGGACUCCCCGGAGCACACGGAGAUUGGCCGACUCAGCCACUCUUGGCUGGAGCUGUGUCACCAGGCCAACAAGCUGCUGGACCAGAGACAGGAGGAUGUGCGGAGGACUAAAGAGUACCAGGAUUGCAUCACGGCUAUAGAGGCCCUGUUUGAACACGUGUCCAAGGAGUGGGACAAUAUGGCUAGAACGGAUGCUGAAAGUACCUCGGAACACCUGAAAGCCCUCAGGAAGCUGGCCGUGACUCUGGAGGACGAGCGAGGCACCCUGGAGGACCUGAAAGACCAGAGACAGAAGGUCAUCCAUCAUCUGAACCUGGACGACAAGGAGCUGGUCAAAGAGCAGAUCAGCCACUUUGAGCAGCGCUGGACCCAGCUGCAGAGCCUCAUCAAGAGGAAGAUCCAGGAUUCUGUGGUGACCCUGGAGGAUAUGGGCCAGGUGGAGGCCCGCCUGAGGGAGGCCUGCGAGUGGGUGGAGGAGCAGCAGCCGGCCCUGUCCGAGGCCAUGAAGAUGAGCCCCCCUCCGGAGCUGGCUCAGAGCUUCCUGUUCGACCACCUGAGCAUCUGCAGCGAGCUGGAGGCCAAGCAGCUGCUGCUGGCCCAGGCCACGGCUGACGCCGACCGCGUGCUGGCCCACCUGGGGCUGAACGAGCGCCAGCGGCUCCAAAGGCUCAUCUCUGACACCCAGGCCGAGGUGGAGUCCCUGAGUGUGAAGGUGGCCCAGCGGCGGAAGCACCUCAGCAAGGCGUUCACGGAGCGCACGCAGUUCCUCGUGGCAGUCGGCCAGUCCAUUGCCUGGGUCCAGCAGAAUGAGAAGAAGGUCCAGGCGGAGGAGUACAUUGCCCUGAUGCCCGACGACCUGGCGAAGCAGGUGAGGACCUGCAGGAACAUCCAGAGCAGCCUGAAGGCCUACCAGAGCGAGCUGACCUCCCUGUGGUCCCAGGGCCGCGACCUGAUGAGGGACGCCACCGCGGACGAGAAGGUUGAGUUGCUCUCCAAGCUCCAGGAGCUGCAGUGCAUCUUUGAGAAGGCUCUGCAGAGGUGCGGCCAGAGGCUGCAGGAGCUGGAGAAGGUGCUCGUCUCUAGAAAGUACUUCAAGGCCGACCUGGAGAAGACAUGUCAAUGGCUGAAGCAAGCGGAUAUCGUGACCUUCCCUGAGAUCAAUUUAAUGAACGGAGACGCAGAGUUGAACGUGCAGCUAGCGAAGUACCAGCAGAUAAUAGAGCAGGCAAUGGAGUACGAGAAUCUUCUUCUCACAGUCCAGAGGGCAGGCCAGGAGAUCCUGCCAACCCUGAACGAAGUGGACCACUGCUACCUGGAUGAGAAGCUCAAUGUUCUCCCUCAGCAGUACAACAGCAUACUGGCCCUGGCCAAAGAGAAACAAGACAAGAUCCAGCAGGCCAUUCUGGCACGCAAGGAGUACGCCUCUUUCAUAGACGUGACCCACAAGGCCCUGAAAGAGCUGGAGGAUCAUUUCCACUCCCUGGGGAACCAGCCUGUUGGCCUGCAGACAGAGGAGGUGGUCAGCUUGCAGCACGACUACAAAACGCUCCAGGGGGAUUUGAGCAACCUCGGCCAGGCUGUCAGCGAGCUGAACCAGAAGAAGGAAGGCUUCCGUAGCACCGGCCAGCCCUGGAGGCCCGAGGAGAUGACCCAGCUGGUGAGCCUUUACAACGGCCUGAAGAGGCUCAUCGAGCAGAAAGUGGAGCACCUGGAGGACACCCUGGAGUCCUUCGAGGACCACAAGGCCAUGGCCAAGCAGGUGGACUCUGAGCUGAAGGCCACCAAGGAGCAGCUGGUCAAAGUGAAUGCCGAGACCCAGUCGGCCGAGGAGAGGCUGAAGAACUACCACGCCCUGGCCGGGAGCCUCCAGAGCGCCAACUCCCACCUGUCCAGGCUGAUGGAGCAGAUGGACAGCCUGGUUCCUCAUGUGGAGCAGGCGGCCCACGAGGCCUCCAGGGACCAGGUGGUCCUCUGGCAGGACGAGCUGCUUUCCCUGCAGUCGGCGGUGGGAGAGCUGAUCGAGGAGUGCGAGAACCGCUUUGUCCAGAGCAAGGACUUUGAGACGGAAGUGAAGAGGACCCUGGACUGGCUGCAGCAGGUCAGGGACGAGCUCGGCUGCGCGGUGAUCGUGGACGUGAGGGUGGAGAAGGUCCAGGAGGAGAUCAGGAAGCAGCAGAUCAUGCAGGAGGAGAUCCAGUCCAGACUGAGGAUCGUGGCCGCCCUCAGCAGCAGGGAGAAGCAGAAGUACACCAGUGCCAAUGAGCUCGUCCCCGCCCAUGUUGACCUCAGCCUGGAGGAGAUGGCCAAGCUGCAGGCGGACGUCCAACAAGCUCUGAGCUCCAAACAGAUCACCCUAGAGGAAGCCCUGUCGCUGUGCCAGAAGUACCACUUCAGGAUGCAGUCCGCCUGCGAGUGGCUGGAGGACGCCGUGGCCUUCCUGCAGCAGGCCAGCCUGGGGGUGGACGUGGAGAACUACGAGGAGUGCCUCCGCCAGCAGGACGACAUCAUGGCCACCGAGCAGGAGUUCCUGGCCCACCUGAGGGAGCUGGAAGCCCUGCCGCCCCAGCUGGAUAGCCUGGUGAACCCCACGGCCAGGCAGCAGAUCCGCCUCAGCGUGGAGUCGGCCCAGCAGAGGGGCGUGGAGGUCCGCGACCAGCUGCAGUGUCACCAUGACGUCCUGCACAGCUGUGUGGCCCAGUGGCAGUCCUACCAGGACGCCAGGCAGACCGUCAUAGAGCUGAUGAACGAGGCGGAGAAGAAGCUGACAGAGUUCUCCACCGCUAAAGCCGCCACCAACCAGGAAGCAGAGGACAGGCUGCGCACUCACAGGUCCCUGGUCUCCAUGGUGAACAGCUUCCAGGAGAAGCUGACGGAGCUGGAGGAGCAGGCGUCCCAGCUGGAGCUGGUGGGGAGCGACGCCAGCAAGGCCACCAUCAGCCGCUCCAUGACCACGGUGUGGCAGCGCUGGACCCGGCUGCGCAGCGUGGCGCGCGGCCAGGAGAGGGUGCUGGAGGACACGGCGCAGGAGUGGAGGACCUUCCGAGAGAAGAUGGUGAAGCUGGGCUCGGUCUCGGACGAGCUCCGGAGCCGCGUCCCGGACUGUGCGGUGGAGAAGGCGUCCAAGGCGGCGCUGCAGGCGGUCCUGGAGCAGCACGAGGCACUGAGCCAGGAUGCGGAGCGCGAGCUGUCCUCCCUCACCUUGCUGAGGCAGUACACCGUCAGCCUGUUGAGGGAUGUGGAGGCGCCCUCGCCCGCCGCCGACCAGGACGAGCUGCCCAGCCUGCAGGAGAUCAGGGCUCUGCAUGACCAACUUGAGAGCGUCCUGGUCCAGUCCCGGACCAGACGCUCGCAGGCCGCCCAGGAGCUGAGGGACAGGGAGGGGGUGGAGAAGGACCUGAGCGCGGUGAAGGCCUGGAUCCAGGAGACCAGGGAGCUGCUCCUCAACCCCACCCCAGACAUUGACUCCCUGUUGCAGGAACUGGAGGUUGUGCACGGCGACGUGAUCCACUAUCGUCAGAAUGUCGACAAGAUUGCCGAGCAGCAGCAGAGCAAGUACCUAGACCUGUUCACCAUCCUGCCCUCGGAGAUCUCCAUGCAGCUGGCCGAGGUCUCCCUGGCUCUGGGCGCCAUCGAGGACCAGGUUCUAUCCAAAGAGAGAGAGAUUCAGAAGACCAGAGAUAUAAAGGAGGACUUCAGCUCUAGGAUCCAUGACGUCUCAGAGAAACUUAAGGGCAUUUCCAGCCAGCUCCAAGAAAAAGCUACCGAUGUUGAUCAUGCCAGAGACGAGACCAAGAGUCUGUGUUCGGACCUGGACAGCUGUGGUCGGACCCUCUCAGAACUGGACAGUGCCGUUGAGGAGUUUGGCCGAAGGAAUCCCUUUCUGGCUAAGCAGCUGAGUGACGCCAUCUCCAAGCUGCGUGACAUCCAUCACCACACUGCCAGGCUAGCGGAGUGCCGUACCAGCUGGCUCAAAAAGGCUGGGGCCCAUUUAGACGAGUACAAUGAGAUGCUGGAGUUCAUCGUAAGGUGGUCAGAGAAGGCCAGGAGCCUGGCCAGAGCCAACAUCAUCUGGAACUCCUCAGCUCACCUGCAGGAACAGAUACGGAUGUACCAGUCUGUGCUGAGAGAGUCCCGGGAACUCCACGGAGACCUGCAGAACAUGGGGGAGAAGGUGGAGCUGCUGUCGGAGGUGCUGCAGGUGGAGGCCAUGAGCCAGCAGGUGUGUGACCUCAGCCGUCAGACGGAGGAGCUGCAGCAGAACGUCAGAACUCGCCUGCAGAGCCUGGAGGACGCUGCAGAGAGCAUGGAGGCUCUGGAGUACGAGGUGAAGGCCUUGCAUGUGGCUCUGGACCAGGUCCAGGCCACCCUGACCUCCCCUGAGCUGGCCAGGCAGAGCCUGAGAGAGCAGCUGGCCCAGAGACAGCGCCUGCUGUCAGAGAUGGAGAGCUUCAAGCAGCAGGUGCAGGCGGUGCAGCUGUGCCAGAGUGCCCUGCGCAUCCCAGAGGAGGUGAUGCCAAACCUGGCCAUCUGUCGCACGGCGCUUGGCCUGCAGCAGGAGGCCAGCCAGCUGCAGCACGUCGCCAUACAGCAGUGCAACAUCCUACAGGAAGCGGUGGUGCAGUACGAGCAGUAUGAACAGGAAGUGAGGCACCUGCAGGGGCUGAUUGAGGACGCCCACAGGGUCAUCCAGGACCGGCCCAUCCCCACCAGCAACAUCCAGGAGCUGCAGGCCCAGAUCCUCCACCAUGAGGAGUUGGCCCAGAAGAUCAAAGGAUACCAGGAGCAGAUAGCCGCCCUGAACUCCAAGUGUAAGAUGCUGGCUGUGAAGGCCAAACACGCCACCACGCUGCUGGCGGUGAGCGACGCCGAGGGGCUCUCCGAGGGGCUGGAGGAGACGGAUGGAGAACAAACCUCCAGGAAACAAUCCGGCCCCUCUGUCAUGAUGACUGCUGGCCGCUGUCACACUCUUCUGUCCCCUGUGACUGAGGAGUCUGGGGAGGAGGGGGCCAGCAGCGAGGUCUCCUCUCCUCCCACCUGUCGCUCCCCCAUGGCUAGUACUGACACUUCGCUAAGCAAGAUGGGCACGGGGAGAGCCACCCUGACAAGAGCUCCCAUUCAGGAGUUGUACGACCCGACGUUUGAGUCCGUGGCCAACCUAGAUGACCUCCAGCGCUCCUGGGAGACCCUGAAGAAUGUGAUCAGUGAGAAGCAGCGGACCCUGUACGAGGCCCUGGAGAAGCAGCAGCGCUACCAGGGCUCCCUGCAGUCCAUCUCCUCCCAGAUGGAGAGCCUGGAGGCCAGGCUCAGCCUACCGCUGCAGGGCGACACCAUCCCCCACGGCCACAUGGACGACCAUUGGGCCAUGCUGGGGGACAUCCACAGGCUCCAGGAGGAGAUCAACAGGCUGCAGUCCAGCUUCGCAGACGAGCUGGACGCCGUGGACCCGGCUGAGGGGCUUGCCAUGCAGUCCUCUCUCACAGUCCUGGCCGAGAGGAUGGCCACCAUCCACAUGAAGGCCACAGGGAGGAGGCAGCUGCUGGAGGAGCGUGUGAGCGACCGUCUGGAAAAGCAGCGCCGAGAGGAGGCCCUGCAGCGCUACCUGAGCCAGGCCGACGAGCUGGACCAGUGGCUGAGCGAUGCUCGCUUCUCCCUCGGCCCCAUCCUGGAGCCCGGCCCGCAGGACGAGGACCUGGACGAACAGCUGGUAGACUGCCAGAACAUGCUGAUGGAGAUUGAGCAGAAGGUGCUGGCCCUGGCCGAGCUGUCCAUGCACAGCGAGGGGCUGCUCCUGGAGGGCCAGGCGGGGCCGGGGGGCAGGCAGGAGGCUGAGCAGCUCGCCAGGAAGCUACGCACGUUAAAGGGGAGCCUCCUGGAGCUGCAGAGGAUGCUGCAGGACAAACAGAUCAACAUCCAGGGCUCCAUGCAGGACCAGGAUGACAGUGAGUCUGACUCCAGCCUGUCCCAGAGCUCCAGUGUGCAGGACUGGCUGGCCCAGGCUCGCUCCACCCGCUCCCAGCAGCACCAGGACAGCCUCCAGAGACACAGGGAGCUGGAGGAGCAGCUGGCGGAGCAAAAGAGGCUGCUGCAGUCCGUGGCCAGCAGAGGAGAGGAGAUCCUGAUCCAACAGGCCUCACCCAGCAGCAUCAGCAUGGCGGAGCCCUUCUCUCCAGAGGUGCUGCAGCAGAGAGAGAGUCAGGCGGCCCAGGAGCAGAUGAGACAGAGGUGGGAGAGCUUGAGGCUGGAGCUGAGGACCAAGCUGAAGCUCCUCAUCACAACCCUGGAGCAGGACCACCAGCAGCCGGUUUACUCCAGACCAGCCCGUGUGACGUCAGCAGGACCUGUGUUUAAGAGAGACACUCAAGUCCAGGACAAGUCCUCCAUCAAGGCUCUGUACGGUGUCUUCAGCCAGACCAUGGAGGAUAUCUCUGCCCAGGCUGGAUCUGGGGCUCAGGUGGAGCAGGUGAUGCAGAUGGAGCAGCAGCUGUAUGCCGCUGUGUCUGCUACGUCCUCCUGGCUGGACCAGGUGGAGAACACGCUCUUCUCGGGUUCUGUGCUCCUGGCGGAGAACGCAGAAACCCAGCUGCUGAACCAGGAGAUGCUGGGGAAGGAUGUGGGUGAGGUAACCGGGGAUGUGAGCCUCAGCCGGGGUCUCCUGGGCGGGUGUGCUGGGGCGGGGCUGGCUGGGGAGGACCAGGUUCUGCUGGAGGACGUCCUGGACUGCCUGGCAGACAGACUGGCCGCUCUGGACUCUGUUCUGGGCGGGCGCUGCCAACACAUGAGGGCCAGGAUGCAGGAACUCACAGCCUAUCAGACGGAUAUGAAUCUACUCUUCUCUGCUCUCACUGAGACCAAGUGCCAGAUUAUCCAGAUGCUGGCUGAAGCCAUGGACAAACCUGCCUCUCAACAACUAGAGGUGAUUGGUGAAGCCGAGGACAAUUUGAGAGACUUUGAACAGCGAGUAACAGAGCUCAAAACCAGAGGAGCAGAGCUGCAGGCAGACCAGAUCUCCACCAACGAUCUGCUUAAGCUGCUGGACGCCUACGAGGAGCUGGUGAUGACGGUGGGCUCGCGGCGGAGCGGGCUGAACCAGAACAUGGCUCUGAAGGUCCAGUAUGAACGGGCUCUCCAGGACCUGGCUGACCUGGUGGACACCGCUCAGGACAAGAUGGCCGCCGACCAGAGGAUUGUGGCCAGCUCUGUGGACGACGUUCAGAAUCUCCUGGACAAACACAAGGAGUUCUUCCAAGGGCUGGAGUCCCACAUGAUCCUGACGGAGACCUUCUUCAGGAAGAUCAGCAGCCUGGUGGUGCCCAGGGAGAGGCAGGCCCUGGAAGAGACCCUGGCCCAAGCACAGGGCAUCAUCAAGCAGGCCCACCGCAGGGGCGUGGGGCUGGAGUACCUCCUCGAGACUUGGAACCGCUUGCUGCAGGAUUACCAGGGCUUGUACCGCCAGCUGGAGGCUGUAGAGGGCAGCACCCCCACUGUGGGUCUGGUGGAGGAGACCGAGGAGAAGCUGGCUGACAGGAUCUCCCUGUACCAGGGUCUUAAAGGCAGGCUGACAGACCACCAGCACAAGCUGUACCAAGUGCUGGAGGAGGGAAAGAGGCUGCUGCUGUCUGUCUGCUGCCCCAGCCUGGAGAACCAGCUGACCGUGCUGGGGGAACACUGGCUCAGCAACACCACCAAGGUCAACAAGGAGCUGCAGCGACUGGACGCCAUCCUCAAACAUUGGACCAGGUACCAGAGGGAGUCUGCGGAGCUGAGCCAGUGGCUGCUGUCUGCUCUGGAACGCUUGGAGUUCUGGAACACCCAGGCAGUGUUGGUUCCUCAGGAACUGGACACCAUCAGGGAUCACCUGGCUGCCUUCCUGGAGUUCUGCAAGGAGGUUGAAGGCCACUCGUCUCUGAAGACCUCUGUGGUCACCGAGGGCAACCAGCUCCUGCGUCUAAAGAAGGUGGACACGGCGGUGUUGCAUGCAGAGCUGGCCCGCGUUGACACGCACUGGGCCGAGCUGCUCACACGCAUCCCAGUGGUGCAGGAGAAACUUCACCAGCUCCAGAUGGACAAGCUGGCGUCUCGACAUGCGAUCUCGGAGCUGGUGAGCUGGAUGUCGCUGAUGGAGAAUGUGAUUGAGGAGGACGAGGAGAACUUGAAGAGUGCUGUGGGCUCCACUGUCAUCCAGGACUACUUACAGAAGUACAAGGGCUUCAGAGUGGAUGUGAGCUGUAAGCAGAUGACGGUGGACUGUGUGAACCAGUCAGUGCUGCAGAUCAGUGGUCCCGACGCGGAGAGCAAGCGCAGCGACAAGACAGACUUUGCCGAGCGUCUUGGAGCCAUGAACCGCCGCUGGCAGAUCCUGCAGGGCCUCAUCACAGAGAGGGUCCAGUACCUAGAGAGCCUUCUGGAGUCCUGGCAUGAGUACGAGAGAAACGUUCUGGGCCUGAAGACUUGGCUGAACACACAGGAGGAGAGGCUAAAGAGGAAACACAGGAUAGAAGAUCUAACCUCCGUUCAGAACGCUCUCAAAGACUGCCAGGAGAUGGAGGACAUGGUGAAACAGAAGGAGAGUGAGGUGGAGAGAGUGGAGGAGCAAGGCUGCGCCCUCGUUCAGAACAAGACAGAUGAGGCCUGCGCCAUCGUCAUGGAGACGCUCCAGAGUGUCAAUCACACCUGGGCCAACUUGGACCACUUGGUGGGCCAGCUGAAGAUCAGCCUGAGGUCGGUGCUGGACCAGUGGACCCUGUACAAGGCAGCGUCAGAGGAGAUCAACGGCUUCCUCAUGGAGGGGAGGUACUCCGUGUCUCGCUUCCGCCUCCUCACCGGCUCCCUGGAGGCUGUGCAGCUGCAGGUGGACAGUCUGCAGAACCUGCAGGAGAACCUGGAGAAGCAGGAGAGCAGUCUGAGGAGGUUUGGGGCCGUGACUCACCAGCUGCUGAAGGAGUGCCACCCCUCCGUGUCUGACUCCUUAAACAACUCCCUCAAGGAUGUCAACGCAAGGUGGACAGGCCUGCUGGAGGAGAUAGCAGAGCGCCUGAGGAGCAGCAAGGCCCUGCUGCAGCUGUGGCAGCACUACAAGCAGCUGCACCAGCAGAGCUGCGCUAGCGUCCUGCAGCAGGAGGAGAGCGCCCACCAGCUGCUGAAGAGUGCCUGCAGCAAGGACCUGGCGGACGACGAGGUGUCCGUCUGGAUCCGGGAGUGCAGCGAUCUGCUGAAGUCCCAGACUCCAGUGCUGGGCUCGCUGGAGGUUCUCCACGAGCUGGCAGAGCAGCUCAGACGCCAGGUGGACACCUCCACCGCCUCGGCCGUCCAGUCAGACCACCUGGCCCUCGGCCACCGCCUGGCCACCGUGGAGCUGGCCCUGGGCAGACAGCUCACCUCGCUGCAGACUGGUGUGCAGGACUAUGAGACCUUCAGUGGGCAGCUGGACUCCCUGGGCCGCUGGUUAGUGGAGGCCGAGGAGGCUCUGAAGAUCCAGGAUCCCAACGGCUCCUCGGACCUGUCCAUCAUCCAGGACCGCAUGGAGGAGCUCAAGAGGCAGAUGCUGAGGUUCAGCAGCAUGACUCCAGACCUGGAGAGGCUGAACGAGCUGGGCUACCGCCUGCCCCUCAACGACUCUGAGAUCAAACGCAUGCAAAACCUCAAUAGAACCUGGGCGGCCACCUCUGCCCAAACCACCGAGAGAUUCAGCAAGCUGCAGUCGUUCCUGCUCCAGCAGCAGACCUUCCUGGAGAAGUGCGAGACGUGGAUGGAGUUCCUGGUCCAGACCGAGGAGAAGAUGGCUGUGGAGAUCUCCGGAAACUACCAAAACCUGAUUGAGCAGCAGAGGGCUCACGAGCUGUUCCAGGCUGAGAUGUUUAGUCGUCAGCAGAUCCUCCACUCCAUCAUUAGCGACGGUCAGAAGAUGUUGGAGCAGGGCCAGGUGGACGACAGGGAUGAGUUCAACAUGAAGCUGGCACUGUUGAGUAACCAGUGGCAGGGCGUGGUGCGGCGGGCGCAACAAAGGCGGGGCAUCAUCGACAGCCUGAUCCGCCAGUGGCAGCGCUACCGGGAGAUGGCUGAGAAGCUGAGGAAGUGGAUGGUGGAGGUGUCCCACCCCUCGGAGCCCCUCCGGACGGGGGCCCCUGUGCCCUUGCAGCAGGCCCGCGCCAUGCUGGAUGCUGUUCAGCUGAAAGAGAAGGUGUUGCAGCGCCAGCAGGGCAGCUACAUCCUGACGGUGGAGGCGGGACGCCAGCUGCUGCUGUCGGCCGACAGCCGGGCCGAGGCGUCCCUCCAGGAGGAACUGACGGACGUGCAGGAGCGCUGGCGGCAUGCCAACCUCUGUCUGGAGGAGCAGAGGAAGGAGCUGGUCACCCUGCUGAAGGACUGGGAGCGCUGUGAGAGCGGUAUUGAGGGUUCUCUGGAGAAGCUGAGGGCCUUUAAACGUCAGCUGUCCCAGCCUCUCCCAGACCACUACGAGGAUCUGCAGGCAGAACUGAUGCGCUGCAAGGACCUUGAGAGCACGUUUGACGGCUGGACGGAGGACCUGGCCCACCUGACGGUGCUGCGGGAGUCUCUGUCGUGCUAUGUCGGCUCCGACGACCUCUCCGUCCUGCAGGAGCGCGUAGAGCUGCUGCAACGCCAGUGGGUGGAGAUCUGUCACCAGCUGUCUCUGCGCAGGCAGCAGGUGAGUGAGAAGCUGAAUGAGUGGGCUGUGUUCAACGAGAAAAACAAGGAUCUUUGUGAGUGGCUCACCCAGAUGGAGAGCAAGGUGUCCCAGAACGGAGACAUCAGCAUCGAGGAGAUGAUCGAGAAGCUGCGCAAGGACUACCAGGAGGAGAUCGCCGUGGCGCAAGAGAACAAGCAGCAGCUGCAGCAGAUCGGAGAGCGCCUGGCCCGGGCCAGCCACGAGACCAAGGCCUCAGAGAUCGAACACAAGCUCAGCAUGGUGGGCCAGCGAUGGCAGCACCUCCUGGACCUCAUAGGAGCCAGGGUGAAGAAGCUGAGGGAGACCCUGGUCGCGGUGCAGCAGCUGGACAAGAACAUGAGCAGCCUGCGUUCCUGGCUGGCCCACAUCGAAGCAGAGCUGUCCAAACCCCUGGUCUAUGACACCUGCGAUGCCCAGGAGAUCACCAGGAAUCUGGACCUGCAGCAGGAGCUGCAGCGGGACAUCGAGAAGCACAGCACGGGCGUGGCCUCGGUGCUGAACCUGUGUGAAGUGCUGCUGCACGACUGCGAUGCCUGCGCCACGGACGCCGACUGUGACUCCAUCCAGCAGGCCACGCGCAGCCUGGACCGUCGCUGGAGGAGCAUCUGUGCUCUGUCCAUGGAAAGGAGGCUCAGGAUUGAGGAGACGUGGCGUUUGUGGCAGAAGUUCCUAGACGACUUCUCAUGUUUUGACGCGUGGCUGACCACCUCGGAAAAGACUGCCGCCUUGCCCAACUCCUCAGGUGUACUCUACACCGUAGCCAAAGAAGAACUGAAGAAGUUUGAGGCCUUCCAGAGGCAGGUCCACGAGAGCCUGACCCAGCUGGAGCUGAUCAACAAGCAGUACCGACGCCUGGCCCGGGAGAACCGCACCGACUCCUCCUGCCGCCUGCGGGAGAUGGCCCACGACGGGAACCAGCGCUGGGACAACCUACAGAAGAGGGUGGCCUGCAUCCUCCGCAGACUGAAGCACUUCAUCUGCCGGAGGGAGGAGUUUGAGACGGCCAGGGACAGCAUCCUGGUGUGGCUGACAGAGAUGGACCUGCAGCUCACCAACAUAGAGCACUUCUCUGAGUGUGACAUCCAGGCCAAAAUCAAGCAGCUCAGGGCCUUCCAGCAGGAGAUCUCCCUGACCACGGCCAAGAUCGACCACAUCUUCCACCAGGGGGAGGCACUGAUCGAGAGGAGCGAGCCCCUGGACGCGGCCGUCAUCGAGGAGGAGUUGGAGGAGCUGCAGCGCUACUGCCAGGAGGUGUUUGGACGUGUGGAGCGCUACUACAAGAAGCUCAUCCGCCUGCCGCUGACAGACGACGAACACGACGUCUCCUUCUCGGAGCUGGACGAGCCGGGGGACCUGUCCGUCCUGCCUUGGAGCGAGCGCCUGGGAGACAGCCUGGCGUCCCCCGCCGCCUCCUCCAGCCGUUCCGUCUCCCUGGUGCAGCCCCUCCGGGCCGAGCGCUCCGGCCGGGACACCCCCGCUAGCGUGGACUCCAUCCCCCUGGAGUGGGACCACGACUACGACCUGAGCAGAGGCCUGGAAACCACCGGCCGGGCCCUGGGCUCCGAGCAGCAGGCCGAGGAGGGAGACUUCCUCCAGGGCUCUGCCUCCGCACUGGUCGAUGUAGUGAUCCCAGAGAGCCCUGAGGCCUAUGUUGUGCUUACUGAACACACUCUGAGGGCCUCCGCUGAGAGGGGUUGCUUGGAGAGCCACCUGCUCCAGCUGGACAAGGUUCUGGACUCGAGCCGCUUCCACCUGCAGCAGACGGAGAACAUCCUGCGGAGCCGCACCCCGACCGGCCCCGAGCUGGACGCCUCCUACAUGGGAUACAUGCGUCUCCUGGGGGAGUGCCGAGGCAGCAUCGACACGGUGAAGAGGGUGGGCUUCCAGCUGAAGGAAGAGGAGGACAAGGUGUCUGGCCUGGCGGACCCCAGCAGCUCCGACUCUCAAACCACAGGUGUGAUCGAGCGCUGGGAGCUGCUGCAGGCCCAGGCCCUGGGCAAGGAGCUGCGCCUGAAGCAGAACCUGCAGCAGUGGCAGCAGUUCAACUCUGACCUGGGCAGUUUGUGGUCGUGGCUGGGCCAGGCAGAAGACGACCUGGAGCAGCAGAGGAGGCUAGACCUCAGCACCGACAUCCACACCAUCGAGCUGCGCAUCAAGAAGCUCAAGGAGCUCCAGAAGGCCGUGGACAAGCGCAAGGCUAUAGUCCUGUCCAUCAACCUGUGCAGCGCCGAGUUUGUCCAGUCGGACACAGAGGGCUCCCAGGAGCUGCAAGUCAGGCUGAAGGAGAUGAACGACCGCUGGGACCGGCUGGGCUCCUCGAUGGGGGACUGGAGGUCCUCGCUCCAGGACGCCCUCAUGCAGUGUCACGAUUUCCAUGAGAUGAGCCAUGGCCUGUUGCUGUGGCUAGAGAACAUUGACCGCAGGAGAAAUGAGAUUGUCCCCAUUGACCCCACCCAGGAGAGUGAUGUCCUCCAGGAACAUCACAAAACACUCACGCAAAUCAGGAGAGAGCUUCUGGACUCCCAGCUGAAGGUGGCCUCUCUCCAAGACAUGUCCCUCCAGCUGCUGGUGAACUCUGAUGGCAGCGACUGCCUGGAGGCCAAGGAGAAGGUGCACGUCAUUGGGAACCGACUCAAACUGCUGCUGAAGGAGGUCACCAGAGACCUGAGGGAGCUGGCUAAGAUUCUGGACCUCACUAGCAGUCAACAGGAUCUGUCCUCGUGGUCGUCGGCUGAUGAGCUGGACACCUCCGGUUCCCUCAGCCCUGUGUCAGGCCGCAGCACGCCAAGUCGCCGUAGAUCGCCACGGGGCAAAUGUAGUCUGUCUCAACCUGGACCCUCUGUGAGCAGUCCACACCGCAGGUCACGCAAAGGCGAUGGGUCCGCUUCCUGCCCUUCUGACCCCGAGACAACGCUGCCACUGCCGCCCCGCCCUCCGUCCUUCCUGCGGCGCGUCCUGUGGGUGGCGCUGCCCCUGCAGGUCCUCAUGCUGCUCCUGCUGCUGGCUGUGGCCUGGCUGGUGCCCCUGACCGAGGACGAUUACACCUGUUCUCAGUCCAACAACUUUGCCCGCUCCUUUUACCCCAUGCUCAGCUACACCAAUGGCCCCCCUCCUGUGUGAGCCCUGUGGAGACCAGGCGGGGGUAGAGGCCGGCCUGGGAUUCCUGUCCAACUGGAACCCUUGUGUUUGGGUCCCACCUUGAUGAUGGAGUCAAAUCAGAUCAACCUGAGACCAGAUCUGUGAAUAUGAUCCUGGACAUGGCUCCGCUGGGUUGUAACACUGUUGCUGUUCCACGUCAACCAGUCUGUGUCUGUAGUGUGCUACUCUUAGGCGAAAAGCAACAGUUUUUUUCUACUUAAUGCUCUGUCAGUUGUCUGUGGAGACAUUGGCAUGAGAACCAAAAAGAAGUUGAGACUGCAAGGCUGGAACUGUUAAACUGUGAAACAAGGAGGCAGAUGGGUCUCUAGAACUAGCUAACCAUGAUACCUUUUGUUAUGUUUGAUGAAACAUUUUGCUUGUAAGUUUGCUUGUAACAACUGAACAUUUGUAAAAUAACAUGUCAAGAUAUCUUAUAUUGCAAUUAUUUUUUUACAUGUAUUUUGGCAUGCAGUUUAUUUACAGUUACUAUGUUUCCAGGUCUGUCAGUGUUUAAUAGUUGACUUUUACAAAUUAUUGUGACUGGAUGUAGGAAUCUAUUUAACCUGAAUUGUCGAACAUGUGUACGUUAAACAAACAAAAUCAUGAAAGUCUUAUAUUAUAAGAUGAGAAACUUGAACACCUUUCAAAUACGUCGGCCAUGUACUUUACAUCCUUUAUUUUUAAACUGACGAUAUCUAAUAUAUUAGCAAUUAAUAUUGAACAUUUUAAUGUAUUAAAAACACCAUAUAUUUUG